AAGUUCAGAAUAAUGGAUGUACAGGAUCUGAAAACUUAAGGAGGACUUUGAAAAUGAAAUUUCAUAUGAAUAUUACAAGGUGUAUUUCAAGAGACUUGGUAAGGCUUUUAGAUGACGAUGGUGUCAAAAGAAGAAAACACAGAAGGCUGAGAAGGAGGCAAUACUUCAGUAAGGGUCCUAAUUUUGUUUGGCAUUUGGAUGGAUAUGACAAGCUCAAGCCCUAUGGAAUUAGUAUCCAUGGCUGUAUCGAUGGAUUUUCUCGGAGAUUAAUAUGGCUUGAGGCAGAUAUAACAAACAAAAGACCUGAGGUGAUUGCUGAAUAUUAUUUGAAUGCUGUAUAUGAUCUGGAAGGUUGUCCUCAAAAACUAAGAGCAGAUCCAGGCACUGAAAAUGGGAUUAUUUCCACUUUCCAUGCUUUUCUCCACAGAAAUUCUAAUGCAGUAACUCUGGGAAGCUCCACCUCAAAUCAGAGAAUUGAGAGAUUUUGGGGUCUAUUGAGACAAAUGAAAGCAGACUUUUGGAUACAUCAUUUCAAGGGAUUGAUAUAUGAAGACUUGUUGAAGACAGGAGAUCAGUUAAACAUAUUAUGCAUACAGUAUGUUUACCUACCCAUCUUAAAGAAAGAUAUCAAAGAGCUCAUGGAUUUGUGGAAUAACCACUCAAUUCGGAAACAAAAAUUGGGAGAUACUAUUCCAGGAAUCCCAGUAGUGCUGUAUCAGAAUCCAGAAAUAGUUGGUUCAUCUCAAUAUGUGCAUGUGAUUGAUAAAGAUAUUGUCCCUCACUUGCAGAGACUUGUUACAAAUAAUUAUAAGCAGAUUGACAAACAUUUUGUUGAUGUUGCCUCUUCCAUCCUGGAUUUUUAUGAACUGCCACAUCCUGAGAGCUUAACUGACUGGAUUAGUGCUCGUGAUUUUUACAUAUUUCUAAGCAACUGUAUAUCACAAAUAGUAAAUUAAAUUGCUUUAUUUUUUUAAUGAUAUGGCUAUACUACUGUAUAUAUUUAUCCAAAUGGUGUUUAGGGUAUCAUUAGAAUUAUCCUUAGCUGCUGUUUUUCCUUGAUCAUUUUCUUGCUCGUCUGAACUAAGAUUUUUUUUCUUACCACCUGUUGUCCAUCUAUUUAUCAUUUAUAUGCACAAGAUUUCA